CCUCAGACCCGUGCCUCUACAUCCCUCGUUUUGCUCACCUGUUGGAGUUUGGGAUGAAGACUCAUGAGGUUUCUAUGACGGCUCUUCGUCUGGUCCAGCGGAUGAAGAGGGACUGGAUGCACACAGGACGACGACCAUCAGGUCUCUGUGGAGCAGCUCUCCUGGUGGCAGCUCGGAUGCAUAAGUUUCGUCGUACGGUGAAGGAUGUGAUCAGUGUUGUGAAGGUCUGCCAGACCACGCUGAGGAAGAGGUUAACAGAGUUUGAAGACACGCCCACCAGUCAGCUGACCAUUGAUGAGUUCAUGAAAGUAGAUCUGGAGCAGGAAUGUGAUCCACCCUCCUUCACCGCCGGACAGCACAAAGUCAAGAUGCAACAGCUGGAACACGAGCUGGCCAGGAAGCUGGAUGAAGUCGAAGGAGAGAUCAGCUGCUACAAAGACGAGAUCGAGACGGAGCUGGAGAAGAGCCGACCUAAACUCAGAGGAAUCUAUGCCGCCUACGCCAAAGAGAUCGACCCUGAUGACGUCGAGGUCUCCUCCCAGACCUCUGAACCAGAGGUGCCGGAGGUCGAAGACGCCGAUCUUCAAGCUGCCGCCCAACACCUGACCCAGAACUUCCUGUGUGAGGUGAUCCAGGAGGAGGAGGGGCGGGGCAAGAAGCCAGAUGACGGCAAGCAGGAGGCGGGGUCAGACAAGAUGGGGGCGGGGCCUCAUCGUCAGGCCGCUCCUCUGGCCGUCAUCCUGGGGAAACUGCCGAUUGCAGCCGGCCUGAGCCUCCAACAGACCUUCCAGACCUUCACCGAGUCGGACCGGGGCGAGAAACCAGACGAUGAGCAGUCGGAGAGUGGAGAGUUGGACCUGAAGGACAUCGAUGAUCAGGAGAUUGAUAAGUACAUCCUGAACGAUCGGGAGGUCGAGGUGAAGACGGAGCUCUGGAUGAAACAGAACGCAGAAUAUCUGAAGGAGCAGAAAGAGAAAGAAGAGAGGAUCAAGAAGGAGAAGGAACAAGGAACCUAUAAAGAGAAGCCGAAGAAGUCCAAGAAGAAGAAGGAGCAGAUUCAGGCGUUGACGGCGGGCGAGGCCAUCGAGAGGAUGCUGGAGAAGAAGAAGAUCUCCAGUAAGAUCAACUACGACGUUCUCAGAGACCUGAACAGCAGAGGGACAGGAAGUGUGGAGGGCAGCAGUCCCAGUAGAGAGACCUCCGACACCCCCGCCACCACACGGAGACGACUCAACCGCCGCCGCCGCAGGAAGACCAGUGACGCUAACCGAGAUCUUGCCACUACCACCAGCAUCAUGGGGAAGAGGGUCCGACUCCUUUUGUCCUCCACAUCAAAGAAGAAGAAAACAGACGUCCAGCUCCAGACUGACGGAGGCGUAGUGUUCUGAAGGAGACAAAGCUCAGAUGUCAGAUUGUCCCUGAACUCACCAGCAGAGAAGGUUCUCCUCAUCACAGACGUACCACUGGGCCACGUUCUGAACCGCCACCUCAUCUCGAUCCUUCGGUUCGGUACCUGAGGGGAGGAGCGGCGGUCUGGUUACCAUGGCCAUGCGACAACUCUGCACCGAUUGGCUGAGCAGCUGUUACCUCACCAGCUGUGUGAACUCUCCUCUGACACUGCCGUCCAACAUCUGGAACUGUCCUCCUCUCCGACCGUCCACCUGAGCAGCCGAACGAGUGAACACCUGCACGAACUGAGGAGAAGGUCAAAUACAUUUAUACGUAAGAUUUCUUAAAACCGUUUGGAAAGUAUUGACUCCUGCAGCCACAAACAUUUCACUGGCACUACUCCAUCUCGGUCUCUUUAGCAAUAUUCUCAUGGCGUCAUUAGAAGCUGCAGUAUUGUAUUACUACUACACUGCAAUACUACUACAAUACUGCAUUACUACUACAAUACUGCAGUACAAUUACAGUACUGCAUUACUACUACAAAACUGCAGUACUACUACAAUACUUCAUUACUAGGCAAGGCAAGGCAAGUUUAUUUGUAUAGCACAUUUCAACAACAAGGCAAUUCAAAGUGCUUCAUAUAAAACCGUUAUGCCUGGUUUUACCCUGAUCUGUCCUGGUCUGACCUGGUUUUACCCCGGUCUGUUCUGGUCUGACCUGGUUUUACCCCGGUCUGUUCUGGUCUGACCUGGUUUUACCCUGUUCUGACCUGGUUUGGCCUGGUUUUACCCUGGUCUGUUCUGGUCUGACCUGGUUUUACCCUGGUCUGACCUGGUCUGACCUGGUUUUACCCUGUUCUGACCUGGUUUGGCCUGGUUUUACCCCGGUCUGUUCUGGUCUGACCUGGUUUUACCCCGGUCUGUUCUGGUCUGACCUGGUUUUACCCUGGUCUGACCUGGUUCGGCCUGGUUUUACCCUGGUCUGUUCUGGUCUGACCUGGUUUUACCCUGGUCUGACCUGGUUCGGCCUGGUUUCACCCUGGUCUGACCUGGUUCGGCCUGGUUUUACUCUGGUCUGUUCUGGUCUGGUACCUCCUGGCUGAUGAAGGUCCUGUACAGCUCAUCAGGAGACGUUUGGAAGGUUUCCGUCAGAUUAAAGGUGCAGGUUUUGAUAGGAACACCUGGGAGGGAGGGGGCGGGGCCAGAGGAACACCUGGUGGCGGAACUUUUCUGUAGGAUAAAACAAAGAGGUCAGAGGAUACUUCCACACCGGUCUCAGCUGAAUGUCUGGAUGUGUAACUCUACCUGAGCUCUACUGGUCUGGAUCUGGUUGUUCUGGGUCUGAGCUCUACUGGUCUGGAUCUGGUUCUUCUGGGUCUGAGGUCUACUGGUCUGGAUCUGGUCCUUCUGGUUCUGAGGUUCAGGUGGCUCCGGUUGGUCGGCCUUAGCGAGGAUCAUACCUUGACUGAACUCUAUGAGGUCACUCAGGUUACUACAGGGAUCGUCACUGAUUGGUUAGGAUAGAUGCAUUCUGGGUAACAGACCUGAUUUGAGCCGGUGGACGAACUCGCCCAAAACCCUCCGGACCUCCUGAACGCCGGUCUUCUUCAUGAGGCCGAGGAGCGGUGUGUCGGGCUGGUCUUUGCACAGAGACACCGAGAUCUGGACAGGAAUAAGGUGAUCAAUAUGAUGAUCAAUUCAUCUAUAAGUAGAGCGAUCAAUACCAGGAACAGGAAGUAGUACUAACGUCGAGGUCGUCCAUGUCGUUCUCGUCCGAUAAGUUAGAAACGUCAACGGUUCCUCUGAACUUCACGCCGCUGCUGGACGUCCCUGCAGACAAUAAACAGUUAACACCACAGAAGAAGAGCUGGAUAUCGAACCCAAAGACGUUUUUAACUUUUAUCUUCACUUUUAUCUUCACGGUGCCACAAACAUUUUAGUUAUCGGACGCUCAUCGUUCUUGUUUUUAGCUUUGAGAAGCUAACAUCGCAAAGAGACACAUAGUACUGUUAAAAUAACAUGUUAGCAUGUUUGUCUUGUUAGCAUGUUUGCCAUGUUAGCAUGUUUGUCUUGUUAGCA